AUGCAUAUGAGCAGGGCACAGGGCACCCUACUGCUGGCUGGCCUCAUGACUUACAUGGUGAUGGGUGCCUUCGUCUUCGAGCUUCUGGAGAACGAUAACUACAAAAAACUACAACGGGAAACAUUUGACAUGAAAGAGGAAUUUUUUUUGAACUACACCUCUCUCAGCCCAGAAGAAGUGGAGAUAUACAUACAGGCAGUGAUAAAAGCUGUUCGGUUGGGAAUUAAUCCAAUAAGAAAUGAUCCUUAUUCACAAAGCCACUGGGAUUUCGUUCAUUGUUUCUUCUUCGUGGGCACUAUGUUAUCCACCAUAGGCUAUGGAAACCUCUGUCCCCAAACGAAAGAAGGUCAGAUCUUUUGUGUUAUUUUUGCUCUCUUUGGAAUCCCCUUCAAUCUUAUCUGCUUGAACUAUAUUGGCGUUUUAGUCUCAGGACUCUUCGAAAGCUUGUCAGAGAGACUGUAUGGGAAAGAAGGCAAGAAAACAGCAAGAUACAUUUUCCUGUUCGUGGGUAUGGGAAUUAUAACGUUUCUUAUUUUGCCAUCGCUCUUCUUUCAAUGGAUGGAGGGCUGGACUUUUCAUGAAGCUAUCUAUUAUUCAUUUAUUACACUCAGCACCAUUGGCUUUGGAGACUAUCUCAUAGGGAUGAAUCAUGACAGAAAGUAUUUUCAGGGCUACCGGAUGCUCACAGCCAUUUGGGUCAUCACUGGUCUGGCCUGGAUUGCUGUGCUGUUUGAACUGGUAUCGUCAUUACUGGCACCUGAGGAGCCACAACAAAGCUCACAAAAAAAACAGUAG